GUUUCGAUUAAGAACGAAUUUAGUUCACUUGCUUUUUAUUCUCUUUUCAUUUAGCAACAAGUUUAGUAAUUAACAAUAAUAAAAUCGGAAGGUGUCAAAAUUUAAGCCGUAGAUAGGAAAGUUCUUCUCUAGCAAAAACAUAAUAUGAAUACACUAAUUAGCAGAUUAGGAAAUAGGCAUUCCGUUAAACUUUCAUAAGUUGAUUUAUAUCUUCAGCAGCGUUUAGUCCGCUAAUGUUUGUUUCACUUAAAACAUGCACGUUAACGAGUUCUUAAGAAUUUUUUUCAUUGCAAUUUUUCUUAAACUAUUAAAUUGUGUAAAACUUAAGCGCGAUAGACGAUUUCUCAUAUUUCCGCGGCAGUCACCCACACGACAUCAGUUUAUUGGCGGCAUUGGUAUUCCGACUGAUUUAACUUAUGAAUCAUUAACUAUUGGUUAUGUGCUGAAAGCUGAAUUUUGGUUGCCGUGGAAUUCGACGGUAUUUUAUGAAAACCCUUAUCUACCACAAUAUAAAAAGAUAAGUUAUUCCCAAAGGCAUUUCAAACGCGAUAUAGAUCAUAAGACAACCUUGAGAUGGAAUAUCUAUCAAAAGCUAAUAGAAACGCUAAAUAGUUAUGGCUACAAAGGACAAGAAUGUAUUCUGAAAGCGAUAUGUGAAGCUAAUGCUGUUGCUUUUAGAAGAGACUAUAGCAUGUUCGAUGAAUUAAUGCACAUAUUCUUCAGUCCUUCAAGAUCUCGCGAUUUAAAAUCGGAGGAUUCGCAACAUUUCUUAGAAGCGGCAAAACUAGGCGGGGAAUCGGGGGAAACAUCUUGCGAACUUUACGAGUGUUCUCUUUCGUUGCUAGCAUUAAUUUCAACAAUUUUCUAAUUUAAAAUUUUCUUUUCGGUGCCUAUAAAUGGAUAUGCAGUCCAAUUACCGGAGUUCAAAUAAGGGCAAAAACAAAUGCCGUAAAAAUAUUAAAAAAAAUUUAACAAAAUGUGUUAAAUUCCAUGAGCGAGUUGAUGUUUUUAAAAUAAACGAUGCCUGGAAAUUACAAAUGUACCAAAGUGAUCUAAAGACGGAGGAGGAACAGGCAAAGCGACGUCUGCACCAACGGAAUUAUUAGAAAACAGAACUUGAAUAGAAAAAAAUCUUCUUUUUUUUGACGGGAAAGCAA